CUCCCCGCGGCCUCCCCGCCCAGUGCCGGAGUUAUCCCCCGUGCCCGCCGUUCCCGUUCCUGCUGUUCCUGCCGGCCCGCCACUGUUCCCGGCUCCGCGGGACAUAGCGGGGCUCCCGCAGCCGGACUGCGCAGCACCAUGUGGCUGCAGGCACUGCUCUUCCUCGCCCCCCUUCUCCUCCUCCUCGUCGUCCUGCUGUCCGUCCUGUCCCUCGUGCUCCCGCGGGUCAAGGGCACCCACAACCCCUUCGCCACCGACAGCCGCCGCCCGCCCGCCCCGCUCGUCACCGACAAGGCUGUGCGCAGGACAGUCGUCAAGACAGUGUUCUCGGCAGAGAAGGUGCCCCAGGGGCUCGAUGCCAUCGUGGUGGGCAGCGGCAUUGGUGGCCUGGCAGCUGCGGCACUGCUGGCCAAGGCCGGCCGGCGCGUACUGGUGCUGGAGCAGCACGGGAAGCUGGGGGGCUGCUGCCACACCUUCACCGAGAAGGGCUUUGAGUUUGACACUGGGAUCCACUAUGUGGGGCAGAUGCAGCAGGGCUCCAUGGUGCGGUUCCUGGUGGACCAGCUGACAGAUGGGCAGCUGGAAUGGGCCCCACUCCCGGACACCUACGAUGCUGUGGUUUUGGGGGACCCCCAGGGUGCUGGCAAGACCUUCCACAUCUAUUCAGGGAAGAGGGAAUAUUUCCAGAAGCUGAAGGAGCAGUUCCCCGGGGAGGCGGCGGCCAUUGAUGAGUUCCAGCGGUUGCUGAAGAGCACUCGUCGUGGGGUUGUGAUGCUGGCGAUACUGAAGAUGCUCCCACGGUUCCUGGCCCGGCUCCUGAUCUGCUCCAGGCUGCUCCCACACCUCUGCUCCUUCUUCCGCUUGGCCUCACGCAGCGUCAAGGAGGUGGUGGAUGGUCUCACCACCAACCCAGAGCUCCGGGCUGUCUUCAGCUACAUCUUCCUUACUUAUGGUGUGCUCCCCUCCAAUUCCAGCUUCUCCUUGCACAGCAUCCUGGUGAACCACUUCCUCCCUGGCGCGUGGUACCCCAAGGGUGGCGCCGAGGAAAUCGUCUUCCACACCAUUUCCGUGAUCCGGAAGGCUGGAGGCAAUGUGUUUGGGAAGGCGCCGGUGCAGAGGAUCCUGCUGGACGCCCAGGGCAGAGCCUGCGGUGUGAGUGUCAAAAAAGGCCAAGACUCAGUGGAUAUCUUUGCUCCCGUGAUCAUUUCAGACGCCGGGAUCUUCAACACCUACGAGAGGCUGCUGCCGGCGGAGGCGCGGGCUCUGCCGGAGAUCCAGUCCCAGCUCCACAUGGUAGACCACGGUGAGGGGGGCUUCACUGUCUUCGUUGGCCUCAGCGGCUCGAGGGAAGAGUUGGGGCUGGAAGCCAUCAACUACUACAUUUUCCCAGGGAACGACCUGGAUGGAAUGGUGAAGCGCUACCUGGCUUCACCCAGAGAAGAAGCUGCCAACAACAUCCCUGUCAUCUUUGUCACCUCGCCAUCAGCCAAGGACCCCACCUGGGAAAUGAGGCACCCAGGUAAAUCCACGCUGGCCGUCAUCACCAUCGCCAGGUACGAGUGGUUCAAGGAGUGGAAGGACAAGCAGGUUCACAAGCGGGGGGAUGACUAUGAGGACCUGAAGAAGACUUUUGUGGAUGCCAUCAUGCAGACUGUCCUCAAGCUCUACCCUCGCAUUGAGGGCCGGAUCGAGUACCUCUCGGGUGGGACUCCCCUCACCAACCAGCACUACAUCGCCAGUCCUCAGGGGGAGCUCUAUGGAGCCGACCACAACAUCGCCCGCCUGCAGGCUGAAACCAUCGCCGCCGUGCGGGCAGAGACAGCCGUGCCCAACCUCUACCUGACAGGGCAGGAUUUGUGCCUGGGGGGUUUCAUGGGAGCCCUGCAAGGAGCCGUCAUCUGCGCCAGCACCAUCCUCAAGCGCAACCUCUUCGUGGACUUGGUGCGGCUGAAGAAGCGCUUGCAGGACACCAACUGCAAGAAGGGAGACUAAAGCCUGCCAUCCCACCACCAGGGACCUCUGCUCCCCUCCACAUCACUCCCACCUCACUCUCAGCUGUCACACACCUGUAGCAGAUUCUGUGAUGUGAAGCUGAGGAAUUUUAAUCCAGGAAGAUGCCGUUCCCAUUCCCAGACACAUUGUAUUGGACCUCAUGACCACCAAAAAAAUGCAUCCCCUUCCACCAUCAUGUCUAGUGCUGGUCCCUGGCCGUAAAGGGAGGCCCCAAGAGCUGUCAUGGCCAGGAGAGAAGUCAAGAUAGCCCCCAAACAGGUGGCACCAGCACGUACCAGCAUGGCCCAGCAGCUCCCACAGUCCUAGCAGCACCCGUGGCUGCUUGAUCCCGUCAGGAUCACUGACCCCCUCCUGCAUCCCCCAGCAAAAGCCCAUCUCCACCUGCAGCCCCAGAGCCGUCCAAGAGCAGCAGUGCUCGCAGGCUCUCCAGUGCUUCCAGAGUCAUUCCUGGGAGCAGCAGGACCCCAGCCCCCCAGUAUUCCCAGUGUUUGGGUGCUGCUCUCCCCCCAUUGCCCCAAGGCAUCAUUGCCACAAGCACACGCUCCUUCAGCAGCAACAAAGUUCUUCUGUCUGCUGGUAAAAGCUUGGGAACAGGAUCAAAGUCCUCUCCAGAUGGGAAGGGAAGCAUGUGAGACUGGAAGUAAUAAAAUAGUGAUAAAU